GGUUAAUUUGACUAAUAUCACCUUAUUUUCCGUGCAUAUAUUUAUUCCAUAUUUGCAUAUGCAGACUGUCCCUGAUAAACUCAUGUUUAUCGUCGAGUGGUACGAAAAUCAGGCAGAUUUGGUUAAGAAGUAUCUCCUAAUCUAUUACGGAAUCGAUGGGUCAUGUGAAGUUAAAGAUGUAAUAAAUAACCAGCGAUUCCUGCGAAGGCUGAAAUUGGAAACGGUAACCCUAUCUCAACUCUACUUGGGAAACGUCAUCAAUAUUUAUGGGCGACAAAUGACACUUGUGGAGUAUUCGGAUAGUUGCACCCGACAAUUUUUGGAACCCCGAUCUGAAAGAGCAUUCUUAUUAAUCAAACCUCAUGCUGUCCAAUGCCUUGGAAUGAUCUUGCGACAAUUGGAGAAUUCUGGUCUGAGAGUUUUGAGAGCACGAAUGGCCAGAAUGACUCCCGAUAUGGUUGCAAAGUUUUACGAGCAUUACAAAUCUGAAGAAUUUUACUUGUAUGCACAAAUUAGAACUUGA